UCACACUGAACACGAGUUUUUAAGAAUGGAAAUUGACUUGGGAUUCGCUGAAAAAAACGACAAUGCCGCCUGGCUGAGUAACCGAUACUUUCCCAGCAAGUUGGGUGGCCAGCCCGCCUGGCUAGAACUGGAUUCUCUGCCGUCCACAUCGCAGCUGCAGUGCAGGAAGUGCCUAGCACCAAAAUCCUUCUUAGCGCAGUUGUAUGCUCCCUUCGAUGACGACUUUAACUUCCACCGGUCGAUCUAUUUGUUUCUCUGUCGAAAUGCCAACUGCCAGGAGGCACAGAGUGCAAGCAAUUUUACGGUGCUGAGAUCUCAGUUGCCGCGGAAAAACAAGUUUUUUUCGGAGGAAGAUCCAAGCGAAUUGGGAGAUCCCUUGCCCGCUAUUCCCAGCUCGAAGAAAUUGUGCGUCGCCUGCGGCUGCCAUGCUCCGCACACUUGCAGCAAAUGCAAGGCCAUCCACUACUGCUCCUCGGAGCACCAAAGGGCACACUGGCCACAGCACAAGCCAAACUGCGGAGCAACAACAGGAUCCCAUGCCAAGCCACUAAACCACAUCGUUUUCCCUGAAUUCGAGAUUGUGAUGGACAGUAAUCCAGUGGAACCUGGCGAGGAUGACAAAGAUGAGGAUGCCCGCUUGGCUGAGUUCAAGGAACUGGAGGCCAAUGGCAAGACAGGAGACCUGAGUAACGUUUCCGAGUCGGAGAUGGACAAAUAUUUUGCGGACACGGCAGCUGCGGACGACAAGACAUUCCGUCUGUUCAAAAAGCAAACUGCCGCGGAACCCGAUCAGAUUGUGCGCUACAAACGCGGUGGUCAGCCACUGUGGAUCACCAAUAUCGCCAAAACAGUGGAGGAUCAACUAAAGGAGUUGCCGAACUGUCCUCUUUGCGGCGGAGCCCGCCAGUUUGAGUUCCAGAUCAUGCCGCAAGUGCUGACGCUGCUUGAAGACGAAAACCUCGACUGGGGCGUUCUGGCGGUCUACACUUGCGCAAAGAGCUGCCCCAUCGAGGGAUACGCGGAGGAGCUCCUAAUUAAGCAGGAUAUUGUGGCAGAAGAGCAGAGUUGACAUUAAAAUGCAUACAUUUAAA